AUCCUCUCCCUGCAGAAUGGAGAACCAAACGAUCGAUAUGGACGUUCUACAGCUGGAGGGAUUAAAGCUUGGCCCAAGGUUCACCAUUCCAGCAUUUUUCCUCCUUUUCAUCAUCUACAUCUUCAUUGUGGUGUCCAACAUUGGCCUGGUGGUUUUGAUUUUCACAAAGAGGAGCCUCCAUGAGCCCAUGUAUCUGCUCUUCUGCAACAUGAGUAUUAAUGAUGUUUUCGGGGCUACGACCAUUAUUCCUCGCGUGCUGAGUGACAUUUUAAUUCCAAGCAAUGACCGGUACAUUCAUUACAAUGACUGUGUAGUUCAGGCCUUCUGUGCUCACGCUCACGGAGGCACUUCACACACUGUACUCGUAGUCAUGGCCUUUGAUCGAUACGUGGCCAUCUGCAACCCUCUGCGAUACACCACCAUCAUGACCAACAGGAUGGUGGUGAAGCUCUCAGUGGGCGCCUGGGGGGUAGCUUUCCUUAUGGUUGGUAUCCUUUUGAGACUCAGCACCCGCCUGUCGCGCUGCAGAAGGGUUGUACUCAACCCGUUCUGUGACAAUCCCUCCUUGUUCAAGCUAUCCUGUGAAAAUGUUGUUAUCAACCACAUUUACGGCCUCAUCAUCGCCAUGGGCACGAUGGCCGUGUCCCUGUGCAGCGUGAUGCUCACCUACAUGAGGAUCACCAUGGUGUGUCUGACUAGCAAGAGCAAAGUUGUGAAUAGCAAAGCUUUUCAGACCUGUGCCACGCACCUGGCUGUGUACAUCAUCCUGCUUUUGUCAGGUGGCAUCAUCAUCCUCCUCCAUCGUUUCCCUGACUUAUCAGAUCACAGGAAGAUUGGAUCCAUCUUGUUCCAUAUUGUUCCUCCUUCCAUGAACGCUGUUAUCUACGGACUGCAAAUCAAAGCUCUCAGAGAAAAAAUUUUGAAUGUAUUCAGCAAAAACAACUAAUAUGUCACAA